AUGGCGCGCUACCGUGAUCGGGUGGGGAAUGACCGCUUCAUCCCGGCGGCACACGACGAGAACUACGAGAAUGCGGCGCCGCCGCCGGCGGGCGACGCGCGCGCCGCGCUGCUGCGGCAGGCCCUGCUCGGCGCGCGCGGCAGGGUGCUGCAGUUCGCAAAGCAGACACCGCCACCGGCCGCGCCGCCGCGCGCACAGCGGAGCCCGCGCACGGCACCGCGGCGCGCCUGCGCGACGCCGUUCCGCGUGCUGGCCGCGCCGGGCCUGCGCGACGACUUUUAUCUGGAUCUUGUGUGCUGGUCGCGCCUCGACGUGAUCGCCGUGGGCCUGGGCAGCCGCGUGCGCCUCUACCGGGCGUCGAAUUUGAAGGAGCUCUGCGACGUCGGCAUCGGGGACGCCGUGGCCUCGCUGGCGUGGUCGCCGGACGGGCGGCGCCUCGCGGUGGGCUGCGCGAGCGGCCGAAUCGCGCUGUACGACGUCGGCCGCGGCGUCGUGGUCACGCCGGCGAACGGGCACCGCGGGCGCGUGGGCUGCCUGGACUGGCGCGGCGACGUCCUCGCGAGCGGGUCGCGGGAUCGGGGCGUCGCGUGCCGCGACGUGCGCGUGUCGCCGCGCAAGACGGUGGCGCGGUGGAAGGCUCACAGGCAAGAGGUCUGCGGCCUGCGCUGGUCGCCGGGCGGCGACGCGCUGGCGACGGGCGGCAACGACAACGCCGUGCGCGUCUGGUCCGCGUCGAAACUCGGCGCCGGCGCCCAGGAGCUCCAGGGCCACGGCGCCGCCGUCAAGGCGCUGGCCUGGUCGCCGCAUCACCGCGGCCGCCUCGCGACGGGCGGCGGUACCGCUGAUCGAUCCAUAAAGAUCUGGGACGCGGCGCGGGGCCUGAGGCUGAGUACGGUGGACACGGGGUCCCAGGUCUGCGCCCUCGCCUGGUCGAGCGCGGAGGACGCGCUCGUCUCGGCGCACGGCUACUCGCUCAACCAGAUCCUCAUCUGGCGGCUGCCCGAGCUCGCGCGCGACGGCGUCCUCGCGGGCCACGGGAAGCGCGUCCUCUACCUCGCGCUGUCGCCCGACAGCCGCGUCGCCGUCACGGGCGCGGGCGACGAGUCGCUCCGGUUCUGGGCAUGCUUCGGGCGGCGGAGGAGUGGGCCCGGGGGGUUGUUAGAGUGCGGCGGGAUUCGCUAAUAUACGUUUACAACAUGGCGGCGGCGCGGGGGAGCUUAAAUGCGCAAGGCCCGG